GCAUUAAAAUUGAAGUGUAAUUAGUGAGAAAACUUAUGUCACCCUGUUUCACCUCCCACAUUUUCCCAUCACCCGCUCCCACCAUUCAAAUAUCUCAAGAACGGUAGCUGCAGCUACAAUGCAGUCAUAUAUGGAUGUAUCCAAACUCCAAACUCCCAACCAUAAUUUAAUAAUCCAACCCAAUCAACCUUUUCAUUUGUCAAAUCACAAUGAAAUUCGCCCUUGUAAAUUCACAUUGUUCCAUUGUUGUUUUAAACUUAUAAAUAAAUUAAAUUACCAAAGAAAUAAAAUAUUGCAAUAAGUUUUUCAACAAUGGAUUGGAAUACAAUGACAAGUACUUGUUGGAGCAACUCUGCAACUUUAAGAAUCCUUGGCAUACUUCUUCUAGGUCAACUAGUUUCUUUCUCACUUGCUCUCAUGAGUAUCACUUCUUCCCUCAUAGCCCAAUUUGGUGUUGAUGCACCUUUAACUCAGAGCCUAUUUACAUAUGCAUCUUUAGCUUUAGUCUAUGGAAGCAUAUUGAUUUAUAGGCAUCAAAAACCUCUGGUUUCUUGGUAUUGGUAUUUAUUAUUAGGCUUUGCUGAUGCUCAGGGCUGUUAUUUGGUGAUAAAAGCAUAUCAGUAUAGUUCAAUUACAAGUGUAACGUUACUGGAUUGUUGGAUAGUACCUUGGGUGAUUAUACUCACAUGGAUAUUCAUUGGCACACGUUAUUCCCUAUGGCAGUUAGCUGGUGGAACAAUCUGUGUCCUUGGUCUCUCUCUAGUUCUACUUUCCGACUCUGUCGGUGGGGGUGGUGGAGGUGGGUCUAACGCUAUCUUGGGUGAUGUACUUGUGAUUGUAGGGACAGUUUUCUAUGCAGUUAGUAAUGUUGGUGAGGAAUUUUGUGUUAAGAAAAAAGAUCGUGUUGAAGUAGUUUCCAUGCUUGGUGUUUAUGGCUUCCUUGUUACCGCUGUUGAAGUAUGUAUUCUAGAACGGAAGACUCUGGAAUCGGUCAAAUGGUCUACAAAUAUUGUACUUGCUUUUGCCGGCUAUAGUGUGUCAGGCUUCAUGUUUUACUCACUUGCUCCUUUUGUUCUAAAGUUAAGUGGAUCGACAAUGUUCAAUCUUUCUCUUCUAACUGCUGAUAUGUGGGCAGUGAUUUUUAGAGUUUUCUUUUAUAACCAAAAGGUGGAUUGGUUGUACUUCCUCUCUUUUGCAGUUGUUGGUAUUGGUCUCGUCAUUUAUUCUACAACAGAGAAGAAGUCAGUUACUACAUCAGCUACUGAAGAUGGGAAGAACACAGAAUACCAAAUACUUGAUGAUGAAAGCACAAGUGGCAUUUAACACGUACCACAAUUAAACUUGUCAAUGUCAGUAAAACAAAAUGAGUCGCGAGGAGAAAAUUCUUCAAGGUUUGAAUCACGCAAAGUCAAUUUUAAAGGAAGGAUAUAUCAAAGAACUUACUUUUGGCGUGGGAGAUUCGUAAUAAGAUUCAAUAAAAUUGUAAGAUCCAACCGUUCAUCUAAAGUCGUCUGUCAUAAACAAAUUUAAGGGUGGGUCCAUGUUAAAUGUCACGGAAAGCACUAACAUUUGAAACUAAUUCUUUAGCCUCUUCUUUCGCCUAGCUUCUUUUGGGCUUGUGUUUCUCCCUUACAAGAAUAAGUUGGUCCAAAAUAAUUUUACAAAAAAUCUUUAAAAAACAAAUGAGCUUUUUUUUCUUCUAAAAAACAUGAACUUAUUAACAGGUUCGUCUCAGUAUUUUUAAAGAUCAUGUUCGAAUCUUAAAAUUGGACUCUUACCAUCAAAAUUCAAGAUUCUAACAUUUGGUAGUAAAUGAUAUCUCUUCUAGUAGGAUGCAGUCAUAGACUCACGUGCAAAUAUAGAAUUGUAAAGUGUUUAUCAAAAUUAAGAUAUCAAUAAAAUUAAUUUUUCAAAAGUUAGGGUAUACAAUAAAAAAAAUUAGGGUCUCCCUAAUUGGGGGCCUAUGUCAAUGUUCUGGUUGGACAAAUUGAUAGCUAGCUUUGCUUAUUUAUACUGAACACAAACAACAAAAAGUGAACUUUAAAAAUAGCUACGCUAAUGAGUGUUUAAAAAGAUAUUGGUUAAAAGUUUCACAAAAGAGGAAUAUGAAAUAGUGUAUUGGUUAAAGAGUUUAUAAAAGAAAAUGUUGCCUUAUAAAUAUAAGUCAAACAUCUAUCAAAAUAAUAAAUGCAUGUUUUUCAUACAAAAUAUUUUUCUUUUACUUCCUUAAAUAAUUUUGUAAGGAUAUUUGUUGGCAUUCAUCUAAAAAUAUAUUUGAGUUACUUUGAAGAUUGAAUCGUCUUGAAAAAUGUCUCACACGUCCCAAUAUGGUAAAGAAAGCUAGAUGUCAAACUAUAUAUACACAUUGACAUCUUACUAUUUAUUAUAAGUUGCAUAAUUCAAAAAUAUUUUAAAUAUGUUUUUCAUUUUCUUCUUAUUGUCUCUUAUAUUUUUGUAUAGAGUGCUGCAAGAAGUAGUUUAAAUACUUAUUUGAAGAUUAUGAGUGUAUUUGUAUUUGAGUGAAGUCUAUCUAUUAUAAAAACUUUUAAAUA